UGUUACUGCCCACAUAGUGCGAUGGCUCCUAAAAGGCUCGGUGGAAAACUCAUGUAGUUCACAAAAAGUUGAACCCUAAAAACUAUCUGAAAAUCUUGGUCAUUAUGUAAAAAAGAAGUAAAAUCUGAAAAGUUCUCUUUGAGUCAUUGACUCUCCCUAUAAAUAACCACACAGCUCAAAAGUAGGUACCUCCAUCAAGUUCUUUCUAAACCUCCAACAUGUCUUCUUCACUGGUUACUUCCACUUCCACUCUACUCUUCCAAGAUUUUCUGGGAGACUUCUACUCAAGAAAAUUGCUUCAACAUGAUUCCAUCCCCCAACCUACACCCACAACAUCACUUCCACGCUCGCCCGGCCCUGUGCCAUCUGAAGUCUCCAUGGGUGAGAACAGCUUCAGUGAUAACUUCAUCCUGGUCCUAUCAGUCCUAGUAUGUGGAGUAAUUUGCUCACUUGGACUCAAUUUCAUCAUAAUGUGCGCUGUUAGGUGCUCUAGACGGGUUGAAGGUAAUCCCUCAACCCAGUCAGCUAACAAAGGACUCAAGCAGAAAGCUCUCCAGACAUUCCCUAUCGUGAACUACUCAGUAGAGAUGAAAUUGCCAGGGUCAGACACAGAGUGUGUUAUAUGCCUGUCUGAGUUUGCAGCCGGUGAACCUGUUCGCCUCUUGCCACAGUGCAACCACAAAUUCCAUGUGCAGUGCAUCGAUAAAUGGCUUAGUUCACAUUCUUCAUGUCCAAUGUGCAGGCAAAACCUAGACAGAACAUCCCAAAAGAUUGACGGAUGCAGCCAAGCUAGCUCAUCAGAACCACUUCCGCCACUGCAACACGUUGUGCAUAUUGUGACACAAUUGGAAGAACCAGAAGGAUCAGUGGCUGGGGCGAGAGAGAAAUCUGCACAGGAGAGCUCCACAUGAAUAACAAGAACACACAAACCAUUUGAGCUGAGUUUGACCAGCUUCAUUUUUUUUUAAAAAUUUUUAUCGUUUUAAUAGAAGCAGGUCUAAGUAAUGUCUGAAAUCAACAUAUAGACAAAGCUGUAAAUCACGCAUUUUAGGAAUACUAGGAAAUUAAGAAAUGAUAUUUUGUCCAAGUAACUCAGCUACAAUGACAAUGAAGUUACAGAAUCCUGCUUUUGCCUUC